AUGAACAGAACUAUACGAGGAUCUGUCGCUCGAAAACGGAGGACAAAAAGUGAUUCUUUUACAUCAAGCUGUCGCGGAGCUCGUUCAAGACUUAGGAAAACGGGUUCGCAACAGAAAAUAAAAGUUUUGGUUUCGGCUGAUCGAGAUAGAUAUAGGAAAAAGAGGGAUUUUCGUAGUUUGUGGAUCAGUCGAAUAAACGCAAUAAUUGUCCAGAAUAAAGAAAAAAUAUACAAUAUUUAUAGCAAUCUAAUGUUUAAUCUGUACAAGAGUCAAAUGCUUCUUAAUCGUAAAAUAGUUGCACAAAUAGCUAUAUUAAAGGGGGAUUGUCUUUUUAUGAUUGCCAAUAAGAUCAUUCAAAAAUAA